AUGGGCGAGAACCUGGAACAGUCAAAUAUUGAAAUAAUAGUUGAAAGCAGACUGCCAGCAUGGAUUCUUGAAAGGAUUUAUCAACAAAAGGAACAGGAAUCAUGGUCAGUAAAUAAGCUGAGACAAUUUCUCGGGAAACUAGUGCUCAGAAGUGAAGAAGUAAUGAGGAUCCAAUCCCUGAAUAUAACAAAAAAUCAAGAACCAGUAAAGAGUAAGUCAAAACCAUUUUCACGAUUUAUCCCUAAUGAAACCUCAGCAUUAUCGGUGUCAAUUCCCAAAUCAAAGGCGAAAGGGAUUAAAACAAAAAAACCCUGCACAUUUUGUAAAGAUAAAGAUAAUAAAGAUCAUUGGGAUAAUGAGUGUCAGGUUCACUCAACAGUAAAACAAAGGACGAAACGUUUGAAGGAAUUAAAGGCCUGUUUGAACUGUUUUGAUAAUAGUCACAAGACGGAAAACGUUCUUGUUUUUACUGCAAAGGUCCUCACAACACAGCAAAGAGAAGUAUCAAGGGCAUGA